AUGGUUUCCUCGGUGCUGCGAAGCCUUCGGGGGCUUAGACCCGCCAAUUCUCCAGCCUCCUACCAGAAAUUCGCCUCCAGAUCGCCAAUUCGGAGACCGUGGCAAUGUCGUUCGAUCUAUACCAGCCCUGAGUCACAACCUUUCGCGGACACUGAAAAGCCAUACUAUAUUACGACUCCAAUUUUCUAUGUCAAUGCUGCACCCCACAUUGGCCAUCUCUACACCAUGGUCUUAUGCGAUGUCCUGAAACGAUAUCAACAACUCCAGGGCAAGAGUGCCUUUCUCAGCACCGGCACGGACGAGCACGGAAUGAAAAUCCAACAAGCAGCUGCAAAGGAAGCCGUAACUCCGAAGGAGCUUGUCGACAAUAACUCGCAAAAAUUCCUCAAGCUGGCCCACGAAGGCGGCAUAUCGCAAGACACGUUUAUUCGCACGACCAACCAGCAACACAAGACGGCAGUCAGCCACUUCUGGACGCAGCUGAAGAAUGGUCUGCCGAAGCGAUUGGGUCUUUACAAGAGCACCCACAAGGGUUGGUAUAGCGUCAGUGAUGAGUGUUUCUACCCUGAGGACUUGAUCGAGCCCUCACUCGAGCCCCAGACGGGAAAGAAAAUCAUGGUGAGCUCCGAGACUGGGAGUAUGGUGGAAUGGGUCGAGGAGGAGACAUGGUUCUUCCCUCUCACUAAGUACAAGGAGCAAUUGUUAAAGUUCUACGACGAAAAUCCGGGCUGGAUCCAGCCGGAGAGCAAGAUGAAGGAGGUUAGGAUCUGGGUUGAGAACCAUCUGGAGGAUCUCUCAGUAACACGACCUGCCGCCAGACUAAGCUGGGGAAUCAGGGACCCUGAAGACCCAAAGCAUACGAUUUAUGUGUGGGUGGAUGCUUUGAUCAAUUACUUGACAGUUGCUGGUUAUGGAGAUAAGUGGCAUCUGAAGGAGGAGAACAUGGGGAUCUGGCCUGCUGACCUGCAGGUUGUUGGAAAGGACAUCAUCCGCUUCCACGCAGUGUACUGGCCAGCUCUUCUCAUGGCACUCGACCUUCCUUUGCCCAAGAAGAUUCUCUGCCACAACCACUGGACCAUGUCGAACCGUAAGAUGUCAAAAUCUGUUGGAAACGUUGUGAAUCCAUUCUUUGCCAUCCAGCGUUGGGGUACAGACCCUCUACGAUACUUUCUUAUGCGCAAUGGAUCCCUCAGCAAGGAUACGAGUUACUCCAACGAUCUCAUUGAGAUGGUUUACCUGAAGGAGCUGCAGGCAAAUAUUGGUAACUUGUACUACAGAAUUUGCCGACCCAAGAGCUCGUCCAAAUGGUCGACCACGGACGCUAUCGAAAGCUACUUCGCGGGCGAGUUUAAGAAGAACGAGCACAUGGUUGAUCUGUCAGAUCCGCGCUGUAAUUAUUCAUCGCUGGAACCACAUAUUGACGGUGUACUCGCUGUCUACAAGAGAGAAAUGGACAACAAUAACCCUGCAGGUGCUAUCAACGAGAUAUUCUGCCUGCUUCGAGAGACCAAUCGCUACGUUUCCGACACAGAGCCCUGGAACAUCACGAAGAAGACAGACGUCCCGGAGUUCCGCGUUGUCCUCAACUGGGUUGUAUUUAAUUCCAUCGAGGCGCUCCGCGUAGCGGGGAUCCUCUUACAGCCCAUCAUGCCCACCAAGGCGGGAAGGCUACUGGAUGAGCUCAACGUCAAACCUGAACGACGAACAAUUCAGUGGGCAGUGCGGGGUACGGAUGACAGCUACGGAUUCUCGCCGACAGAUCUCGGGGUCAUGGAGAAGGUCCAGUCAUGGAAUACAAUCUUCCCACCUACGCCGGCGGCCACGCAUUCAGAUCCCGAGGUGCUGGACAUCCUCGGGGGCAUCGUGGAGAAUCCAACGAAAAACAGGUUGAACAAGAUGAGCGAGUGGAUCGCCAUGGAGGCGCGGCUGGGCGAGAUCGACACAGCCAUAUCCACCCCCAGAGUGCUCCUCGUCCCGUACGAGCCUCAUCAUGUGCUCAAAUACCACGGAUGGAUGCAAGACCCGGACAUCCAAGAAGCCACCGCCUCUGAACCCCUCUCGCUGGAGGAGGAGUACUCCAAUCAGAUCUCGUGGCGCGCGGCGAGCGACAAGCUGACCUUCAUCGUCUGCCUGCCGCUGUCCACCGACGCCGCCGCGCCGCCCACCCUCAUCCGCGGCGACACCCUCCACGACUCGGCCGACCACAUGGUCGGCGACGUCAACUUCUUCCUGCACGAGUAUGACCCCGACGAGUAUGAGUACGACGACGACGACGGCGAGCAUGAUGACGGGUUCGACAGCAGCGACGAGGAGAGGGACGGCUGGCUCGUCGGCGAGGUCGACAUCAUGAUCGCCGAGCGCGCCAGCCGGGGCCGCGGCAUGGGCAAGGCGGCCGUCUGCGCCCUGCUCGUGUACAUCCAGCGGCACGUGCGCGGCCUCCUCGCCGAGGGGGACGCCCGCCGCGGCAGCACCAGCAGCAGCAUCAUCAGCUCCGCCUCCAGUGCCACCGCCACCACCGACGCGGACUGGCUGGACGUGAACCUGGCCGGCAGGGGCGAGAGGGCCCUCAAGGGGCUCAUCGUGCGCAUCAAGGAGGGCAACGAGGACAGCCGGGCCCUGUUCCAGAAGCUGGGGUUCCGCCAGCAGGGCGAGGUGAACUACUUUGGCGAGAUCAAGAUGGCCCUGGAUCUCGAUGCCCUCCUGGAGCAGGAGUGGUGGGCUUCGGCCCUGGAGGAGUACCACGAGGUGCGGUAUGAGCCACCGUCGGUUGGGGAGACCGGGGCGAUAGGCCCUUAG